AUGCAAGCAGCAAAUCACACAGCACGAUCACAUUUCCUCCUGCAGGGCCUCUCUGAGGAUCCAGAAGUUCAGUCCAUUCUCUUUGGACUCUUCCUAUCCAUCUACCUUCUUGCAGUUCUUGGCAACCUGCUCAUCAUCCUCACUGUCAUCUCUGAUUUCUGCCUCCACACCCCCAUGUACUUCUUCCUCUGUAACCUCUCCUUUGUGGACAUUGGCUUCAUUUCCACCACAGUCCCAAAGAUGCUAGUGAACAUCCAGGCACAGAACAAAGACAUCUCCUAUACAGAGUGCCUCACACAGGCAUUCUUUUUUUUGACAUUUCUUGGAGUUGACAAUUUCCUACUGACCAUGAUGGCCUAUGACCGCUUUGUAGCCAUCUGCCAUCCGCUGAAAUAUACACUCAUCAUGAACCCUCGGCUCUGUGGCUCUCUGGUUCUCAUGUCCUGGUUCAUCAUCUUAUGGGUAGUUCUGACUCAUAUUCUCCUGCUGAUGCGGCUCACCUUCUCUAUAGGCACUGAAAUCCCUCAUUUCUUUUGUGAACUUCCUCAGGUUCUCAAUGUGGCCAGAUCUGAUACCCUAAUCAAUAGCAUCUUUCUUAAUGUGUUAACUGUCCUACUGGGUUUAUUUCCUAUUUCUGGGAUUAUCUACACUUACUUUCAGAUUGUCUCUACUUUAAUGAGAAUGUCCUCUACUGCAAGCAGAUAUAAAGCAUUUUCUACCUGUGGGUCUCACCUCUGUGUGGUCGCACUGUACUAUGGAACAGGACUUGCAGUCUACCUCAGCUCUGCUGUGACCCAUUCUUCCCAUGAAAGCUCAAUUGCCUCUGUGAUGUACACUGUGGUGACCCCCAUGCUGAACCCCUUCAUCUACAGCCUGAGGAACAAGGAUGUGAAGGGGGCCCUGGGAAGACUCCUCAGCAGAGCAGCCUCUGGUCCAUCAUGGACUAGUGUCUUCAGAACUAUGGGAAUAUUACAGACCCUAAGGAAAAUGCUGUGA